CUGAAAAUCUAACAUAAAAAAGCAUCAUCAUAGUGUGGUGUACAUAUGUGACAGCUAUACUAUAAGUGUUCACAUUUAAUAGCCUAUAACCAACUUCCAUCUUCCUCCUUCAAUUGCCACUCUAUUUCUUAUUAUAUAAACACCAGAAAGCAUCUGAAUGGUUAUUGAAAAGAAGAUGAAGAUGAAUAGAAAAGAAGUAGAAGUAGUAUUUGUGAUAUUUGCAUUUGUCUUACUUGUAGGAUGGGGGAAUGCACAAGACACACUUGUGCCUGCAAUUAUAACAUUUGGUGACUCUGCUGUGGAUGUUGGCAACAAUGACUACCUGCCUACAAUUUUCAAGGCUAACUACCCUCCUUAUGGAAGGGACUUUCUCAACCAUCAACCCACUGGCAGGUUUUGCAAUGGCAAAUUAGCUACUGAUAUUACUGCUGACACACUGGGUUUUAAGAGCUAUGCACCUGCAUAUCUUAGCCCACAAGCAUCAGGGAAGAACCUUCUUAUUGGAGCGAAUUUCGCUUCAGCUGCCUCUGGUUAUGAUGAAAAGGCUGCCAUCUUGAAUCAUGCAAUUCCAUUGUCCGUACAGUUGAAUUAUUUCAAGGAAUACCAAGGAAAGCUGGCCAAGGUAGCUGGUAGCAAGAAAGCAGCAUCAAUCAUAAAGGAUGCAUUGUACUUAUUGAGUGCUGGAAGUAGUGACUUUGUCCAAAAUUAUUAUACCAAUCCUCUCAUCAACAAACUUGUCACUCCUGAUCAGUAUUCUUCAUACCUAGUUAGAUCAUUCUCAAGUUUUGUUAAGGAUUUGCAUAAAUUGGGAGCUAGGAAAAUUGGAGUGACUUCCCUUCCACCAUUGGGUUGCCUACCUGCUGCAAGAACCUUGUUCGGAUUCCAUGAGAAUGGUUGCGUCUCAAGAAUCAACAAUGAUGCCCAAGGAUUUAACAAGAAAAUCAACUCAGCUGCAAAAACUCUCCAAAAGCAACUUCCUGGUCUUAAGAUUGUUGUGUUUGAUAUUUACAAGCCUCUCUAUGACCUUGUUCAAUCCCCUUCAAAAUUUGGUUUCGCCGAGGCAAGGAAAGGCUGCUGUGGAACUGGGAUAGUUGAGACAACAUCCUUAUUGUGCAAUCCAAAAUCACUAGGAACUUGCUCCAAUGCAACUCAGUAUGUGUUUUGGGAUAGUGUCCAUCCUUCUCAAGCUGCAAACCAAGUUCUAGCUGAUGCAUUGAUUGUUCAAGGCAUAGCCCUUAUCUCAUAAGUGCAUAUGAAGUUAUGAUUCAUGAUUAUAUCUCUGUAGACCAUUAUAAUAUACCUGUGUGUACCACUAGUACUAUUCAUCAUGGAAGUGAUGCAUAAAUGUAUCAGUUUGCAUAUUUUUAUAGAUUCUGGAGAAACAUGUAUUUUAUGAAUUAAAUCUAGUGAAAUUUCAUAUUAACUUGUUUGGAAGAACACUGGAUAUUGGUUGUGCUCAGUGGUUUCUGUUUUAAUGGAACUCAGCAGCAAUGUUUUUUCCCCAUUGUAAUGACAUUCAAAGCUUAAUUCAUGGUUCACCU